AUGGAUAAAGAUGGUGACAAGAAGGGCGGCGGGGAGAAGAAGGGCGGCGGAGGUGGCGGCGGGGGCGGUGGGCAGUCGGGGGGAACCGGUUUGGGUGGCGCAGCCGGUGUCAACGAUCCGGCCGCCCUCCUAGACGCCGCCUCGCUCUUCGCAUACUGGGGACGUGAUCCGUCAGCCAUGGCAGCGGCGGCCGCCUCGAACCCGCUGUUCGGUUCCCAGUUCGCGAUGCCCGGCGGGCUCGGUGGUCUGAUGCCGAAUGCCGGGUCCGGUUCCGGCAGCGGUAACGACCGCUUCUCGAUGUCCCACCAGCACCAGAACACGAUGGCCGUGGCCGCCUCGCAGGCAGCCUCGCUGGCCGGUUUGCACAACAGUUGGUGGUCGAUGGCGCAGCUGGCAGCUCAGGAUUACUUCGCCCGCCUGCAGGCCUCCGGGAUGUCGCAGCUGCCGUUCUCGCACGACCUGGCCGGCGCCUUUCCGGCGGGCCUCGGGCUGGGUGCGAUGGGUGCUGCGGCCGCGGCAGCGGCAGCCGCCGCUGGCGGAGGCAGUGGCUCGUCACCGGGUGGUGCCGGUGGUUCAGGUGGCGGUUCCGGUGGCAACACCGGCGGCGGUAAAGGCUCGGGAGGCGGUGGCAAGGGCAAGAAGCGCGACCGCAGCAGCAACAGCAACAGCAGCAACGCCAGUUCCUCCGGCAUGGGUGGGGGCGUCGGCGGUAUGGUCGGCAAUCCGGGUGGGAGCGGCGGUGGCAACUCCUCCUAUAAGAACUCAUCGUCACCAUCCGUGUCGCAAGCCGCCGCAGCCGCAGCCUACAAGCAAUCACUCUACAGUCAGGCGACGUUGCACAAGGAACUGAUGGCCAUCACCGCGGCGGCCGCCGCCGCUCAGAAUCAACAGCAACCGACCAGCAACCAGCAGCAGCAGCAGCACCAGCAACAGCAACAGCACCAACAACAACAGCAGCAACAGCUGCAGCAAGCUCAACAACAGCAUCAGCUCGCCAGCCUGGGGAUGCUGGCCGGACUCGGUGGCGGUGGCAUGAACUCACUCGGCGGUGGCGGUUCCUCGUCGAAGCAAAAGUCCUCGUCCUCCGGCGGUGGGCCCUCCUCGUCCGGAGGUUCGUCCGGGUCGCCUCACGGUGCCAGCCGGUUGAUUGGCAACGAUUCCAUUUCGAUCACGCGCGGUUCGAGCUCACCGUCGGUGAGCGCCAGCAAGCAGCAACCGACGCCCAGCGUUACCAUCAGUGCCAGCCACGGAAGUCCGGCCCACCAGCAGAACCACCUGCAGAACCUGUCCUCGUCCUCGUCGUCGUCCCGCCUGUCCAAGGACUCGGGCAAGGGUGGCGGCAAUAGCCAGGGCUGUGGCCCAAGUGCGGCCGAUUUAGGUCUGAGUGCGUCGAUGAACGCCCUGAGCACACUGUCGCAGUUCAACAACCUCGACCUGACCACCCAGCAGAACGUGACGGCCACGAUGAAUGCUCUGGCCGCCAGCCAGGCCAAGGCGAAGGACUACAUCUCGUCCGGAAUACUGAGUGAUCCAUCGUCGCUGCUCGGCGUACGUCUGCCGCCGGACACGGAGAUCAUCAAGUACACCUCGUCCAUCGUGGGACCCAAGACACCGGGCACGACCGGCCGCGGACCCAAGCGUCAGCGACUGGAGCCGAACGAGUACGGCAGCAAUAGCGGAAGUGGCGGCAGCGGGUCCUCCCAUCUGACCGGUUCCUCUUCCGGCGGCAGCAUGUCGCUCGGAUCUUCCGGUGGCGGGCUGCUUCCGCCCGGUCUUUCUGCCCACCAUCAUCACCAGCUCGGCAGCAACGGUGGCAUCGGAGGCCUCGGGCCCGGCUCAACGGGUGGUGGUGGUGCUUCGAACGAUCGAAUAGAGGUCAUCAAACUGCCACCAACGAUCACAUCCAACGGAGUUUACAGUGCCAGCAAGGGUGGAAAAGACUCGAUGGCCGAUCAUGUCAACGAGUGGGCUGGUUUGAAUCUCAGCGCCAAGGGUGGCUCCGGUGGAGGUUCUUCGUCAGCGGCCGCCUCGAUCGUGUCCUCACUGACGGCGGCUGCCAACCUAGGCAGCGGUGGUGGUGGUAACAAUUCUGCCGGAAUCUGCGAACAGGACGAUGCGCCACUCAAUCUAUCGAUGAAACCCUCGAAAUCCUCUUCUGGCGGAGGAUCGGUCGAUCUGUCUGGCAAUAGCUCGACCUCUUCGUCCGCCAUGGGACCCGCCAACAGCUUGCAGAGUCUCAGCACAAUUACGGCGGCCCUCGGUGGCAGUGGAGGCAACGAUUCGUCACGAUCCCGCCGUAAGACCGACAACAAAAAUCGUCGCAAUGCGGCGUCGGCGGCGGCUGCAGCGGCAGCGGCGGCGGCGGCCUCGACGCUGAUGUCCACCACGUCGCCCAGUGGUGCAGCAGCGCUCGGCGGUAACCCCCUGGACGGGCACGUCAACAUAAGCCUCGCAUCGGCUGCAGCCGCCUAUGCGGCCGUUUCUCCGGUUUCCUCGUCCGGAAACGCUUCCGCUUCCGCUGGCGGUGGUGGUUCCGGUGGGUGCGGCGGUAGCAACCUUUCCGGCACCAACACCACCACCAGCAGCGGCAGCAACCAGCAGGGCGGCACCAGCAGCACGCUCAACUCCCUGCUGAUGGCGUCGGUCGGUGGUUUGACCAAUCCGGUCAACACCUUGAGCAACAGUUCCGCCACUGGUAGCAACACUUCCAGCGCCAGUGCCAGUGCCAGUGCCUGCACCAACCAGCAGCUGAUGGCGGCUCAGCUCGGCUUCAACAGCUCGCUGUCGGAGCUUUUGAAAAUCUCCAAUUACGAGGAGUACGAUUACGCAUCGCUCGCCGGUUCUCAAUUUAAGGAAGGACGUCCACGUAACCUAGGCCGAGGUGUUUCGAAGCCAAAAAAGAACACCGUCGCAUCGCUGUUGGCCCAGAGCCGUGCCGUCGGGUCCAAACCACUGACUGCCCAGCAACUGUUGACGCAAGAAGCCGAAAUGGAAAAACUUCGUCAAGCAAUGAUCGAAGCGAAUCGAAACCAGCCCCUCGACAACAGCACUUCCAAUACGAACACCGACACGGAGAGCAUUUCCGAGAGCGGGAUGUCCGAGUCGGAGGGCGAGGAACACAUCAACGUGAGCGAUCUACGGGUACCGCUGGAGAAGGGCUGGCGAAGGGAGACCGUCAUCCGGGGCCUGACGAAGAGUGGUCACAUUAAGGGCGAGGUGUUCUACUAUCCGCCGCAGAGUGUGAAUAAAAUGAAGGGCAUGAAUCAGAUACAGUUGUACUUGGAUCAGUUCAAACCACGCGAUCUCGGUAGGGAUAACUUUAGCUUUUCGGCGAAGGCGAUCGUCGGCACGUUCCUGCAACCGGCUCCGCCACCGUACGCCACCGACGGCGAGUACAUCAAGAUGACCGACGUCGAAGUGAGCCGGCGGCUGGAGGAGCUGAAAGUGUUCACACGCCACGCGGCGCUCGGCGUUGAGCAGCGUAUCGAGAUCGCCAAGCAGCAGCAGCUCAUGCGCGAUGCCAAGAAACAGGCCAAGGACGAGAUGAAUAAAAAUAAAGAAAAGGCUCGCCAGGUCAAGGAAGCUGAGCGCAAUGAACGGCUUGAACAGCAGCGCAAGGAACGGGAACUUAAGAAUCAGCAAGCGCUAGAGGCCAAGAAAAAGCGCGAAGAAGAAAUCGCCCGGCAGAAGGCCGAGGAAGCGGCACGUAAGGCACAGGAAAAAGAACAGAAGCGCCAACAGGCACAGUUGCAAAAGGAACAGGAACUUGCCAAACAAAAGGAACUUAUGUACGCUAUGGAAAUGGAACGUGAAAGGAGACGGCAGCAUAUGGCGCUUAUCAAGCAACUAGAGUUGCGUCGCAAGUUUGAAGAAAAGGAGAAGAAAAAGCAUCAGGUGAUUCUGGACAAACUGAUCCAGCGCGAAAAGAAGCUGGUGAUGCGCAAGCGUGACACGAACAUCCUGUCAGAGUUGAGGAAACCGCAAGAGGACUCGGAGAUCAUCGAUCAAACGGAACUGCCGACGUUCUCCCGCAUCCCGGGUUUGAAACUGACCGGCACCGGUUACGCCGAUCUGCUGAUGGUGUUUGAGUUUUUGCACAACUUUGGAGAAACGCUGGGUUUCGGUGAGUACGAAACAAAAGUUUUGUUUGUUUCGCCAACCUGCAGAUCACAUGUUAAUUCUGUUGUUGGAUGUUUUGCAGACAUGGAAUCACUGCCUUCGUUGCAAUCGCUGCAUCAAGCGCUAACGUCCGAGAACGCGAUCGAUGCCGAGGAAGAGCUGCUCUCGGUGAUGACCCACCUGUUGGUGUGCGCCAUCGAAGACCCAGGAAUUCCGAACCCGGGGCGCCACACUACGCUGCUUGGCCAGACGCUGCGCCAGGCCGACAUUACGCACACAAACGUGUCGGAAAUACUGCGUAUCUAUCUGUACGCCGUAGCGACGGGUGAAGUGCGGCUGCAGUCGGGUAUAAAUCUCGAGCGCGAUCGUGACGCGCCGUCCAAGCACCAUUUGGUGAACGACGAAGACUUCAAGAUGUGCAGCACAAAAAAUUCCCAGUUCUACGAGCUGCUGGCUGAGAAUGCGCGCUACAAGCUGUCGGAGCUGCUGAAGGAUAAACCGUUCGUUGCGCUCAACCCAACGACGAAGACGGAAAUUCUCGCGAUGCUGUGCAACGAUCUGCUCAUGAACAAGGCGGUCUGUAAGCAGAUUGACAGUAGCCUGGAAGCGCAGGCGCAACUCAAAAAGGAGCGCUAUCUGUUGGACAACAAGAUCCGGAAGUACAAGAUGCUGGUCGCCCGCAAGCAGCGGCUGGAGCAGUACGAGAAGGCGCAACAGGCGGCACUCGAGAAGUCACUCUCGAUGAAGGCGGCAGAGGAAGCGAAACGGGUCGCCGAAGAGGCGGCAGCCCUAGCGGCGGCCGCGGUUGCCGCUACCGCCGUCAACACGGACGCGGCGGCGGCCGGAGGUGCCGGUGAAGGUUGCGAAGAGAGCGCGAUGAAAGUGUAUUCGGGUGAAGGUGUAACUGGUGCUGAUGGCGUCAACAGUUCGCUGGAGAACGGUGGCCCUACUGAGGGAGUUAAAGCGUCGGAAGAGGCGUCGGAAGGUGUUAAAACGGAUGGACCACCGAUGCUGCUGGGAGAUGCAUCGGCGGCCGACGAAGCGACGUGUCUUGAGGAAGGCGAAAUAUUCAACAAAAACGAUCACAGCCAGAGGAACGGAGGGGACGAGGAACACAAAACGGUCGAGCACAACAAUGACGCCGCCGCCGGGGUUGAGGGUGAGGAUGACGAAGACGAUGAUGAUGAUGAUGACGAUGACGAUAAUGAUGUGGUGGAAAUCGUACCGAUGCCGGUCACCUGCACGGUGACGGAAGAAUCCUGCCCCAACACGAUCGCACCGUCACCGGAGGAUGGCGAAAAUGGUGAACAGUCGAAAAGUGAACCUGUCUCCGAGGGAGGAGAUGCCAUCGGCAGUGCCGCUGUUUCGGGGUUAGAAACUGGCAGUGAUGUUGGGAAAUUGGCCAUCGAAAGGGAUGCAUUCGCAGGGGACUCGGACGAACCGGAAGCAACAGUCAAUGGCAUCGAGAUGGGUGAUGCGAAAGAGAAGGACGUGAACGGGGAUGGCAGUGUCGCGCAAGAAAACCACAGUCCCUCAAUCGGUGGCCCUAGGGUGGUCGAAGAAUCGGGUCCGCUGGCUCACACCUCCACACCAUCUCUGCCGCUCGUUCCGACGAUGCACCACAAACCCCUGCUUCAGCUCGAACCGGGAGAGAUUCCUCCUCCGGGGAUGGAUCUGUCGGCCUAUAGCCAAGCACCGCUCGACAUCAUCCCUACCAUUUCCGUGCCGUCCACGCCGGAGGAAAGUCCGAUAAAGAUUGGUGAUAAUGGGGUUACGAUGAUCGGCUCUGCCCUGCCAAAUGGAGGGCUGAUUAAACCGCUAACGGAUGACCAUCACCACCAUCACCAUCACCAGGGCCAGGGCCAUCAUGCAUCGAACAGCUCGGCUACCGAGCUCGAUCUGCUUUCGAAAUCGAUGAUUGGCACUGGCGGCGCCGGUGGUGUUGGUGUCGGCGGAAGCACGUCGUGUGUUGGCGAGCGUGUCGACGACGACAACAGUGACCUGGAGAGCGAAGGUACGCAGCUGGAGGAGGACGAAGACGCCCACCUGACCGCGGAAGAAGCGCAACGGAAGUACGAUAAAAUACUGGAAACCUCGUUCCAAAACAAACAACAACUCGAGAACGCCCUCAACCAGCUGCGGGUGAAGUGUUUCGGCCAGGAUCGGUUCUGGCGCCGCUACUGGAACCUGGGCAAGUGCGGCGGCAUCUACGUGGAGGCGAUGGAAUCGACGCAACCGGAGAUGUACCGCUACGAGAACGCCCUGGAGGAGCUGCAGGCCCGCCCGGAUUACGUGCCAAAGUAUGCGCCUGCUCCGGUGGCGGCUGAUCAUGGGGUGAAGAUCACGAAGCGUGAUCCUUCCGGCAGUGAGCCAGCCCCUGGUGGUGCCGCCGAUGGUGAUUGUAAAAAAGAGGAGCUGGAACUGGAGAACGGCGGCGACGGAACGCACAAAGUGGAACCACUUUCUUCGGUAGAUGAAGCUGCAAGCGGCGGCAGUGGCAACAAGCGCAAAAGAUGCUCUUCGGUGUCGUUGAAGAAGCUGAAGAAAAAGAAAAAGAAACCACGAACCACCUCCGAGGGUGGUGCGUCCUUCGGGGGCGGCGGUGGACAGACGGAGGCUUCGGCUGCCGCAGCCGAUGACGGUGACGAUGAGGAUGAAGAUGAGGACGACGAAGGUGACGAAGAUGACGAAGCGGCGGACAGUGACCGAGGGGAGCAUGAAGCGACGAAUGAUGAUGGGCGCUGCUCGCGGACGAGUGUCAGCAAUGGACCCGCACUGGAAGACGGCCGCACCGGUGAUUCACAGUCUGACGAUUGUAAGAUCAUCGAUGAGCCGGAAGUGGUCCUCACGGAAGGCGCCGCUAGCGCCGUUACUGAUGUGGCCCACACGGACGAGGAAGCGAAGGAGAAGAACAGCAACGUGGAGCAGCCACAACGGGCAACUGGUGGCGUCGAUCAGUUGUCGCCGGAUGCUUCUUCUGUACAUCCCAAUUCACAACCGGAAACUACAUCGGUUUCUGCGGCGCUCGGCACUACCAAUACCGGCGGUGGCAUCACUGGCCCAGCUGGGCGGACGAAAAAACCCGACGAUCAGCUGAUGGACAUCGAGGACUCGAUCCCAACGGCGAUCCUCGUGCAAAAGGGUAACGAUCACGACGAAACGAAAACGGUCGAAGUGAACAGUCAGAUCGGAGGGGUGAACGUCGUUGGGUCGAACCCAUUGACCCAGCAGCAGCAGCUCCAGCAGGAGGAAGACGACGACGUGACGAUGGUGCAGGAAGAAACACCGACCAUCACCAUCCCGGACGAUGACACGGAGAGCGGCGAUCGGUCGACCGAUCAGAGGACACAGCAGCAGCCGAUCGACGAGAAGGGAUCACAACAGCUGACCGGCGGUGGGGAAAGUGGUGGCGUUGUUGGUAUGAUGAACUGUGAUAUGAAGCCAAAACUGGUGGAGAACGGCGGAACUGGAGGGAGCGGCGAGGAUGGGCUGCGUGAUCCGGGUGAGCUGGUCGAGUGUCAGCUGCGCGAGGUGGACGAUGAGGAAUCGGCGGGUGAGCAGAAGCGAGACGCAGACUUCAAAGGCACCCAGAAGACCGUGAGCGCCACGGGCAAGCCCCAGGUUACGACGACCACAACGAAUGCCAACACGAAGACGACCACUUCGAUCAUCUCGUACGGCAGCGAUGUGGAGAUGAUCGAGGUGAAGGAAGAGGAGGACGAAGGAUGCACGAACAACAGCAGCAGUCUGCGCGGUGGUGCAUCGACGAUCAUCGGACCGGCCCGUUACCUGUAUCUGCGCGACGUCGAGACGAAGCAGGAGAAAGAGUUCAGCGAUCAGCUGCUAAACCGCUGGUUCUCGAUCGUCGAUAAGGAGCUGCCCCUGGCGAGCACCGAGUGCCCUCUGCCGACGAUCAACGGCCACACUCCGGCCUCGAUGGCACGGCAGAUUUUCACCAACAUUACGUGCCGCGAAAUCUGCCAACUGCAGGGCAACCGGUGGGACAUCGGGAACAACAUCCAGUUCUUUAGCGUGCCGCUCGAGAAGGGCGUCGAGAUACACUUCCCGAACGAGUCGAUCCUGUCGCUGUCGGGCCUGGACGAUGACGAGAUCGGCGAUGUGAUUGGCCGGAAAAGCAAACCCGAACCGCUGCAGCUGUCCGACAUGAAGCCCGCGUUCAAGCGGGAAACGAUCGACUACAUCUACAGCCAGCACCAUCCGAACAACCUGAAGGCGGAGGUGAAAGACGAAGCGGGCGGCGAUCCGGAAGAGUACGGGAACUUUUCGCUCCCGGCGUACAUGACACUGACGCUCUCGAAUCUGACCGCGUACGUGCAGUGCGAUCAGUUUCAACCGCUGCAGAUGACGGCGGAAGAGGAGAAGCAGCUGGAGGACAUCAAGCUGCACGGUGCACCCCGCAAAACCGAACCGACGGUCGUUCCGCGGGAGUUUCGCUACGGCUGGUGGAAGAUCAACGACAUCGAGGAGCUGAACGAACUGAUCAAGCGCCUGAACCCUCGGGGCGUACGGGAGCGGUUGCUGCGGCAGAGCUUGCUGGAAUCGCUGGCCGAAAGUGUCAAUCUGAGUACCCCGCACCAUGUGGCGCACCCGCGUGCACCGCCCCCCGCGUGCGGUUACAUCGAGCCGGAAGCCUGGAACGCGUGGAAUCCGACGAUCGCGCGGCGCGUCGAGAUUGCGCUGCUCGAUCAGAUCGAAGCGAUGGAGGACAAGGUGGCGAGCGCCUCGAUGCAGGUGAAGGGCUGGCAGAUGCCGCAGCGCGAAGGGGACAGCGAGAACGGGGUCGUGGAGGACGUGACGAUCGAAAUGCUGCGCGAGCGGAUCCUCGGCAUGGAGGCGGCCAUCGAGCGGCGCUACCUGAAGCCACCGCUGGGAAUCAACACCACCGAGGCACAGAUGGCGGUGAUUGUGCAACAGGAAGCAAGUCACCACAACCAGAACAAUUCGAACGUGUCGAACAUCUCGAACUGCUCCAACAGCUCGGCCGAGGACGAGAACUUGCCUAAAGGUUUGCUAUCAUGGCGCGAUGCAGUGGAACGCUCCGUCACUACCGCCCAGCUGUCGAUGGCACUGUACGUGCUGGAAUCGUGCGUUGCCUGGGACAAGAGCAUCAUGAAAGCGAAUUGUCAGUUCUGUCAAUCGGGAGAGUCCGAGGACAAGCUGCUGCUGUGUGAUGGUUGUGAUCGCGGCUAUCACACCUACUGCUUCAAGCCUCGCAUGGACAAGAUACCGGACGGGGACUGGUACUGCUUCGAGUGUAAGAACAAGGCCACCGGAGAGCGGAAGUGUAUUGUGUGCGGAGGACUGCGGCCACCGCCGCUCGGCAAGAUGGUGUACUGUGAGCUCUGCCCCCGGGCUUAUCACCAGGAUUGCUACAUACCGCCGAUGCUGAAGUAUCCACGGGGUAAAUGGUACUGCCAGAACUGUGUUUCGAAGGCACCGCCCAAGAAGAAACCGCAGCGUAAACCGAAGGAACGCACCACCAACAACAGCUCGCAGAACCACUCGAUGCUCAGCACGUCGCUAAACAGCUCGCAAAAUCAGUCGUUGAACUCGUCGCACGAAGACAUUGCAACGACCCCGUUAAGUCCAGCACAUUCAAUAGCGUCCACGAGUCAUGAAGAGUCGUCGGCGCCACAGCAUCUACAGCAGCAUCCGGUCGUCGUCGGUGGCAGCAGCAGCAGCUCUCUGCAAGCGACGGUACCGAUCGGGGCACCAACCUCGUCCUAUCAUCACCUUCACCAGCAGUAUCCACAGCUCCAACACCACCAUCACCAUCCCCAGUACAGUGCCCAUAGUGGCAGCGCCGCCGUUCCGGUUGAUGCUGGCAACUAUGCCGCUUGCCAUCCGCCGGUGCCCCUGGAGCAUCAACAGUUGUCCUACCAGCAACAGCAACAAUACUACCAACAGUAUUAUCAAACGCAACCACAAGCAUCACUACCGCUCCCGCUGGCACCACCGCCACCGACAGCCACACAGCAGCAGUACUACCCACCUUCGGCCGCUGAUUACAAUGCCCUUUAUCAGCAGCAACAGUCUGCUCAAGCGCAUGUCACUGAAGGACAGCCCCAUUUCGGUGGUGCUGAUGGAGGUGCUUCGACUUGCGAGCCUCCCGCUCCGGUGGUAGUUGCAGAGGCCGGUCACGCAACCGACUACGAGAGUAACAUCAAUCGGGACACAACGACGGUUGGUCUACCGCAGGGAACCGAAGUUAAUGACUCUUCGCAGACGGUUACACAAUCCGCGGAUCAGCAACACACAACGCAACGUGAAGGUGCGUCAUCCUCUCCAUCGACGGCUGGUAGUAGUAGUAGUAGUGGCAGCAGCGAGGAGCAGUAUUACGUCCCGCCGUCGGGACAGACGACGACGGUGGCGGCUUGCACUUCCGGCUACUCGGACAUUGAACAGCAGCACAGUGUGGGCGAUGCUGGUGAUGGUGGCGGCAGCUGCGGAGGCGAUUCGUCCGAGGAGUACGCAUCGCGGCCUUCCCCGAUGAAGGACUCGUCGGAACCGCGCAAGGAACGUUCACGCGAGCGGGACGAGGCGAAGGAACGGGCAAAGCAAGAGAAGAAGGCCACCAAGAAGCUACUGAAGGAGCUGGCCGUCUGCAAGACCAUUCUGGAGGAAAUGGAGCUUCACGAAGACUCGUGGCCAUUUUUGCUGCCGGUAAACACGAAGCAAUUUCCAACCUAUCGCAAGAUCAUCAAAGUUCCGAUGGAUCUUUCGACGAUCAAAAAGCGCCUCCAGGAGCUGACAUACAAAUCACGCGACGACUUUAUCGUAGACGUGCGCCAGAUAUUCGACAACUGUGAAGUCUUCAAUGAGGAUGACUCACCCGUCGGUAUCGCUGGCCACGGUAUGCGAAAGUUUUUCGAGCAGCGGUGGACCGAUCUGACGGACAAGCACUCCUGAUACCAUGCACCGCAAGCGUCCCAAGUACCUGUUCCCGGUUCGAACGCGCCGGCGGGCUCGUCGUUUUCCACUCCGGUGGAAGCGGAAUCGCCGACGGAUGGGACCACCACAUCUCCGAUGGCGGUCGUUUCGGUCGCUUCACAAAUGUUGCCACCUCCACCACCACCCUUAAUGGCCGCUGGCACAUCAUCGCUGGUACUGCAACAGUAUCCGAGGGAACUGAAUGUUUGCCCUGCCGCAGACAACAGGACGAUCGUGAGACGGGAUGAAGCGGGCGAGAAGAACAUAUCGUCAGCCGAAUGGGGCAGCGCGUAAAGAGAGUUGCGCGCGGGAUGAGCCUGACGCAACUACUAGUACUGUGUGAAACUUAAGCUAACCAACAACCAACAGAGAGACAAGACUGCGCUUAACACACGGGGUCCGUGGUCUGACAGCAGUUCGCAGUUCUUCGUAGGGCACCGAACACACGAGCAUAUGUCGCCCAGAUACCGUGCAAUUGAACAUAGAACGAGUGCUCCAUCGAUCGUGGCCAGUGUGUGAGGGUAAAGCGAGUCAAAAAGAAAAAAAAUUGUAAAUAUCUAGAACAAUAGCAAGGUUUUGAGAAGUUUGUUUUUUUUUACGACGUUAGCCAUUACGACGGAAGGCAAUUACAGUUCGAUUUGUAGUUUGUGCAGUAAAUGAUCCAAACGAGAACCGAACCGAACGAUUUCCCCACUGGGGAUGGUAAAAAUGGAUGCAACAAUCGUUGAAAAUGAACCGGGAAGAAUGAAGGUAGCCAUUUUAAAUUAAAACCCUGCCGAAAACGGCUGCACAAGGGGAGACAACCAGCAAGAGUAACCGGUCGCGAAAAGUAUUAUACAACAGUGGCGAAACGGCGCACACAACAAUAAUUACAGCUUUUUCUGUUGAACAAUAGGAAAACGAACAAUUACAGCAAAUGUAGACCGAGAAAGAUUGUGAGUUCAGAGAGAGAGAAAGUUAAGCAAACACGUUGAUAACUGCAAUGAGACUGACCGGUCUCGCCUCUCGUUUGCCGUAGUUUAGUCCGUGAAGAAGUGUACUAUGCGUAAGAAUUCGUCCCUCCGUGCAGUGACUGGCUAGUGUUUAAGAAGAAAACCGUUAGAAACCGGGGUUUGUGGUGUGGUGUCGUCAGGCUGACGUCAGGCGGCGGUAGAAGCAAGAUUUUACGAAGCGAAACACAAAUAUCUCAUUCAUUAGCUAGUAGCGUGUUCCGCCUGCGACCGCUGCACCACCCCGUGAGAACUCCAUCCUUUCCCUUGUUCCGACAUCAAGCGAACUCGUUCUCGACCCCGAGAGGCAAUGAUAUACUAUUUAUUGUAAUAAAAGUGAACGACCGAGAAGAGAGAGAGUAUAUGUGCCGAGAAUCACUCAAUUAUGUUGUAUAAAUGACUGAGAUAGAGAAAACGGUGAGCACCGGAAGCGCGUGUUACGGCGAGAAUCGGAUAAUACUAACCUUAAGCGCGCAAAACAACUGUGGCCCUCUAGCUCAACCCCUGCCCUGUAGUGAUGUUUUGGGGGGCUCUGCUACACAACAUUCGCCGAUGGUCUCAAGAAACACUGUGGUGCUCUGCAGAAAAGAACCAUGAAGAUGGAGUAUUCUUUGCAGGCACCGCGACAUACCCUAUAAUACAAACAUACACACAUGGUUACGUAUAAUUUCUUUAAACGACAACUAGGUUUAGCAAUAUAUUUGUACAUUUGGAAGCUUGAUUUUCUUAGAACUUUCUUUCGUGGAAAACUUCUUCGUUCUCAAGUAAAAGCAUCAAGCAGAGAGGAGGAAUGGAAAAGGAUGUUGUAUUUGUUUGUUGUCCCGUAUGUGCCACCUGUGAGCGUCGUGUUCUUGUCACGUUCUCGGUCACUCCUUCGGCAACAACACUUUUCAUUGGUCCCACUUGAAUGAAAAAGAGCUACGAGCGCGAUGAAAACGAUUCAGACAAAUCAAAGCUCUGCGCGUGGAGUAGUUUUGAGUUACAUUUCAAUUCCCUGAGCCAGUAACGAUGGCCAGUUCUGAGCUGCGACCGGUGAAUGCAUUUAGCGAACGCGAACAGAUGUAAUAAUAAUUGUAAUGAAGAAUGCGCGCGCAAAUCAGCAAACACGUGAGAAACACAUGAGACGAAAUGAAUAUAACGAAAGAUUGGCAACGACAGAGCCGGAUGGAGCAAACGUAAAAUGCUUAUAAAUGUGCAAGCAAAUGUAAUAAUGAGCACAUCCGACGGCAAUUUUAUAUGACAGAGACAGAGAAGCUCAUAGAAGCGAGACACACGUACACCGUAUGGGUGAUGAGGACGCGAAACAAAAUCUCCCAAAAAACAUUGCAUUGUUGAGGAGAGUGUAAAUAUGAUUUUAAUUUCCCACGCGCGCACCAAAUUGGUAUCUUCAUUACGUUCACCAUCUCUCCCACCGUGUAACUGCGUGUGGUGCACACACCGAAUGGCCACCCCGGCGAAUGGUAUUUUCGGAGCGCACAGCAACGUAAAACGAUUUCAUUGUUGUGUGUGUCUGCCUGAAUAGAGAGAACAAUCCUGGGUUUUGUGCUGACGGAACGGACAAUUGUUUUACUUCCUAGUUUAAUGUAACAUAAUCAUUAUAACUGUGUCUCGCCGCACGCAGAUGACUUACACACACUCCUCCGACUUCUUCUGAGGGCGACUUUUCUGGUGCGCGAAAUGUGUCAUCGUAGCAACGCGCGCAAUGCGUUGUUGCACCAACUGGAGGGCAAGGAACAAGAGGCACAGAACCGCGGGUACUAUUCGCACUCUUCGCAGCCUGUUAUACAUAUUUGUACAUAUAGGACUCUCACAAACACAUUUACAAACUGACUACCGAAUUAAUUAGGUCCAGAGACCGCGCGCGGGAACGGCGUCGGUGGAGAAUAAACGCGCGGGAAAGGCGACACAAUAAAAUUAUACUUUCCGACGGAAACGACGAUAUGAGCGUGUAGCAUGAGUAAGGUUUAUGAUAUUGAA